UAGGUACCGGAAAGCAAAAGAGAAACUUGUGGGAUUAUUACCUUCGAUAUUUUUCUCAUUCAUUAAGCCUACAUUUUCUCCUACGGCCUCGUGUGCGACACUCUAAUCUACUGAGCACGCCUAGCGAUCAAUCAAUCUGGUGUGGCUGAUUAAACACCCCGUCGCUAUAAUCGUCAAAUUACUAUAGGACGAAAACUACCAAAAAAAAGUUGCCCACGGACCUGACGCUGCGUCAUUACGAACUUGUUUGACCUCGCUACCUAUUUACCACACGAAGCAAAUUUGCCCUUAACUAUCAUCCGUGGAGAGCCAUUACUAUUGCUCCUCCUGAUGAGGGUCGGAUGAAAUAAUCGAUAAUGUCAACUGCUAGAUCUGAACAUUUGACCAUUGGCUAUCCCCCAAAGACUGCCAACGGUCGCUCUACAUCACCAACCACCAACAUACCUCCCAUCGACCCAUCGAGUUCAUCUACCGUUAGGUCUCCAUUCGGCAUGUCUGGCGUCUUAAACCCAUCCGGCAAGAUGGCAGGUACCACGCGUUCUGGGGCUGGUUCUCCUUCGCACGAGGUUGCCGGUUCAAGUAGACUUUUCUCCAAGCGAGCGAGAGAAAUCCAAGCUCAAGAGGGAGUUACUGGCUUGUCCAAUAAUCCUUGGGGUGGCCCGCCGACCAGUGGUAACUCGACGCCUUUACGAGAGAAUAUUCCCGAGUCACCAACCGACGGAUUCCCGGACUUUGCCCAACUAUCUACGUCCGAUGGGUUGCCCUCGACGCGCCGCGCCCGAGCAGGUACCGUUCCAUCUCGAUUUCCUGCUGGUGGAAUAGGAAAUGGUCUCCUCAAUAUCCCGUCAAUUUCUUCUCAAUCCACUCGACCUACGCCAUCUCAAAGUCCCUUCAAGUCCCCAUCGCCUAGCUUGAACGAUACUCCCGACUCUGGUCGAUCCUCCAAUCUCUUGUCAAGGCUUCGGGCUGGUUCUAUGCCGCAACGCAGCCCUUUUGCCACCCACGGCCCUGGCAGUAGCUCGCCAUUCGGCCCGUCGGUUUUCAGCACAUGGAACCCGAGUAGUGGACGCGAGAGAGGAAAUACUCUCGCGAGCAUAGCAAGCAUUGGAUCUAAUGGACCAAGUUCACCUGCUCAGUCCGCGUUUUCUAAGGAGGGGCCCGGAGACAAUGACGUCCAUAUGAGGACUCUUGACUAUCUAGGUCUUGCCGAGACUCCCCAGCCAGCCCGUGCUCAGUUGGCCACGCCUUAUCUACCUGGUCUUGCUGAUUUCACUAAGCAAGCCAACCGAUUCCGUUCUUACUCAGUCAACAAUAAGGAUAAGUAUGCGGACGAAGAAGAAGAUGUCUAUGAUGAGGACAGCUUGGUACUGGAAAACCAAUAUGCUGCGCAUCUUCAGGACCAACUGGCUGCUACCAAUGCUGCUAUUCACAACCACAAUCUGGCAGUCCAAGGUCUCCAAGCUUUUGCGUCCCAGGCAUCGGCUACUCGACCUCGUGCCCGCACGGCCGGUGUUUUGGAUUUACAGGGAGCAGGCUCAAGAUUGAUGCGAAACUAUUACCCUACUCCCUCCCGCCUUGAUAGCUCGAUGACUGCUGCUGAGAUUCGGUUGCCAGAAGAAAAGGAAUACGAUGAUCUACCCACAGCUGUAGCAGCGAUGAAUCUAGGAAGAUCAAAUAGCCGGAACAAUGGCCUUCUUACAGCAGAAGAAGCUGGUCUCGAGGGUCCUACGAGUGCACUUUGGCUUGGCAGCAUCCCAACCUCGACGACGACAUCGACCCUUACCGAAAUGUUCAAGUCGUAUGGUCCAAUUUUGUCCGCAAGGGUUCUGACGCACAAGAAUUGCGGCUUCGUCAAUUUCGAGAGAGUGGACAGUGCUAUCUCGGCGAAGGCUACCAUGAACGGGAAAGAAAUCUUCCCUGGUGCUGGCCCAAUUCGAAUUAAUUUUGCCAAACCGCCUUCUGCGUCGAACACUCCUGGUCAUGACGGAGUAUUCCCGAGCCCUAGUCCUGAUCCCUUUGCGAAGAAUCAAGACGGAACUGCUUCUGGUGCCGUUGCUGCCACGGCUGAUAAUGCGGCAAACGCAGCAAAUGCAGCGCCUGUAAUCCGACCUCUGCACGAAAUGACAUCUGAUAUAAUUCAAUUAGCCAAGGCCCUCGACGCCACAGACGAAGACGCGUAUCGUAUCUCCCAUAGUCUUCAGCAAGCUAUCCAGUACAAUGCGUUUAUCGACGAAAUCCCUCCGAUUCGAGAGCCCACGCAUACAAGGGUUCAUGAUGCGCCAAAGCUAAGGGACAUUCGAAAGCGUAUCGAUAAUCAAAGUUUGUCUCAGGGUGACAUAGAACACACUGCCACUGAGAUGCUCCCUGAGAUUGCAGAGUUGUCCUCAGACUACCUGGGCAAUACCGUGGUUCAAAAGUUAUUCGAGCACUGCUCGGACAACAUCCGAGAUCUCAUGCUAGCUAAAAUUGCUCCACAUCUGGCGGAAAUCGGCGUUCACAAGAACGGUACCUGGGCAGCGCAGAAGAUUAUUGAUGUUUGCAAGACGCCACACCAGAUGACUCUGAUUGUUCAACACCUACGAGCGUACACUGUUCCAUUGUUCCUAGAUCAAUAUGGUAAUUAUGUCUUGCAAGGCUGUCUCAAGUUCGGUGCUCCGUUCAAUGAUUUCAUCUUCGAGACCAUGCUCAGUAAGAUGUGGGAUAUUGCUCAAGGUCGAUACGGUGCCCGAGCUAUGCGAGCUUGUCUUGAGAGUCAUUAUGCUACUAAGGACCAGCAGAGGAUGCUUGCAGCAGCUAUUGCCCUUCACAGCGUACAGUUGGCGACCAACGCAAACGGUGCCCUUCUACUGACCUGGCUCUUGGAUACUUGUACAUACACCCAGCGACGUAGCGUUCUAGCCCCGCAGCUUGUUCCCUACCUUGUGCACCUCUGCACACAUAAAGUUGCAUAUCUUACCGUUUUAAAGGUCAUUAAUCAGAAGGGGGAACCGGAUGCGAGAGAUCUUAUCCUAAAGGCUUUGUUUUUUACACCGAAGGACCAGAUUUUGGAGGCAAUUUUAAGCGACCACUCAUGCGGUGCUACUUUGAUCUUCAAAGUUCUCACUACGCCGUUCUUCGAUGAGAGCAUAAGGGGCCAAGUGGUGGAGAACGUGAAAAGCGUCCUCGUUCGCAUCAAGGCACAGCCUAACCAAGGUUAUAAGCGCUUGAUGGAUGAGGUUGGUCUAUCCACUCGCAGUGGAGGCGGAGGAGGCGGAUCCCGCGAUCAUUCUGCGGGUAACAACCCGUCGAACGAACGGCAACGACCCGCAUCCCGCCAGGCUCAAGCUAACAACGCUGCCGUGCAGCAAAAUUCUCAAUACGGCAACCAGUAUCUGAACCCGCUCAAUCCUACCAGUAAUAACUCAAAUUUUGAUAUGGGUGGUUUCCCGGUACCGAGGAGUGACAACGUGGAGCCUGGAAUGUCUGCGUUCCCAUCAUAUGGACCCCAGGGCCCUAUGUAUAAUGCAACUGGUGGAUCGAUGGCACAGCCGGUAAGUGUGCAGCAAUUGCAAUACCAGCAAAAUAUGCUCCCGCGCGGAACGCCGCCUAUGAACAAUUACUUCCAACCUGUGCAAGCAGGCUUCGGGGGGUAUAACAACGCCAAUCCGUCGAUGGAUCAGUACCGUGGGCAGAACACAGCCAACGGUAGUCCUAUCCAACCGCCCGGGGCUUCCGCCGGGUUCGCCCCCCCUGGUUUCGGAAUGGGAAUGGGCAUGGGAGGUUACGGCUACGGGAAUGCUAUGCCCUACAUGCAAGAACAACCAGUCAGCGCCAGGCGCGGACGCGUAGGUCAACCCCCUCAACGGAAGAGGUCACCUCGACCGUAAUUUCCGAUGAUGCUGACAGAUGACUUCAGAGGUGAUCUCCGAGGUCAUCUUGACUGUCUCGCACGAGAUUGGAUGACUUAUAUACGUCCUCGUGCGUUUUACUAUUCCGAAUUGCAUGACUGUACAGAUAAGGGUGUUGGUAGGCUCGACAUGUUUGAUUUAUAUUCUGAAGUUUGUGGCAAAGCGGUUGUGGGCAAUCCAGGGAGACCCAGCUAGCAGCAUGGUCUGGUACGCUGUGGAGGGCUGGAAACCACAC